GCCGCGUCAGUUGCGUGAGAGCCUUCAAUGGGGGAGGUGCUGUUCGGCACUUACCGUGCAUAGCACCCUCUCCUCUUAUAAUCACUGCCAUUAGUAAUAAUAUAUAUAUAUUAUAUAUACAUAUACAUAUAUAUAUAUAUACUAUAUGUACAUGUAGACACGUAUAAUCGAAGUACAGGAAAGUAACAGAAUUAUACGUGUCACGAGAACCGUCGAAUCGAUGAUUUCGAUCGUGACAAUUGAGACGCGUACGGUUCAUGCAGAUUAACGUGAACCGAGCCGCAGAUCUGCUGACAAAGCGCACCGUGAGGGAAACCGCAAGUGUUCGUAUCGAAGUGAGGUGAACCUUCACGGACCUAUAUUAUUGUGUUCGUCCGAGUGCUCCGCUUCGCGCGGCGGAGUCUCGUAUUUUUUUUUUAUUGUGCCUCGACACACGUCCCCUCGCUCCCUGACGCGUUCCUUCGACGGCCUUGUUUUUCCGUGUCCUCCUCCCCUCGCGAGGCAUAUCGUAACAUGUCGCGUGUGACGUUGUAACCGAAAGCGACGGCUGGAUUCUGUGCACGACUCGAACGAGGAAGUCGGUGAACUUGUGCAGCGUGCCCACUGGUGAUAUUCUUGUUCCAACGUCCUCUUCCCGUUUCAACCAGCGAGGGAGAGAGGGAGAGAGAGCGAGAGAGAAAGAGAGAGCCUGCUGCGACGCGUGCACGGCCUUCCAGCUUACAUACGGCGUCUUCCUGACGCUGAUUGAGAUUUAAAUUCCACGGACCUUGGGCGAUUUAAAUGGGCCGUGAAAGCAUUUCAGCAGGUGCUAUGGGUGGAACCAGGAUUUCCACGAGCCUGCGAGGUUCACCUACGACUCGGCUUGAUGCUGAAGGUCCAUGCUGACUUUGAUGCCGCUUUGAAGCACCUGACACUCGCCCUGAUCGAUGCUACGACACCUGCCUCCUUCUCCAAGCUCGAAAUAAAAUUUCACAUAGCCCAUUUAUACGAAGUCCAAGGAAAAUAUCGUCUAGCGAAAGAGCAUUACGAAGCCUUGCUCAAAGAAAAGACACUACCCUCCCACUUAAAGGCCGACAUUUGCCGCCAGUUAGGAUGGAUGUACCACGUGGUUGACUGUACAGUGUUAGGUAUAACACGACAGCAGAAGCAGGCGAUCGCUAUUCACUGUUUGCAAAAGUCCAUCGAAGCGGAACCGAAGAGCGGGCAAAGCCUUUACCUGUUGGGACGUUGCCUGGCUGCCUCUGGAAAAGUUCAUGAUGCGUUUAUCGCAUACAGAAAUUCCGUGGAAAAGUCCGAGGGAAAUGCUGACACUUGGUGCAGCAUAGGCGUGUUAUACCAACAGCAGAAUCAGCCUAUGGACGCAUUGCAAGCCUACAUAUGCGCGGUACAAUUAGACAAAUCACACUCGGCUGCGUGGACUAAUCUGGGCAUUUUGUACGAAAGCGUUAGUCAACCGAAAGACGCUUUAGCGUGUUACGUCAACGCAUCCAGGGGUAAUAACAACACUCCAAAUUGCGCGGGCUCGUUGGCGAGUCUAGGUGGUGCCAAGUCCGGUGGCAACACCCCGAUGAACCCAUCCCUCCAACAACGGAUCAACUUCCUGCAGAGUCACCUGAGCCAAGCACCGAUGCCUUCCGUCGCUACCAAGAGGCGGCAAUUGCCGUCUAUAGAAGAGGCUUGGAACUUACCCAUCAGCGCUGAGAUGUCUAGCAGGCAGCAACAGCAACAACAACCACCUACUGGUCCAGGUUACAAAUACGGUACAACACCUGCUGGGCCACCACCUCCGUAUCCCCAGGGACAGGGACAAAAUCUUAAUACAAAAAGAUUUAAGCCAGGGGAAGAACCAAUCUCUCCAGGUUCGCAACAAAGACCACCACCCUUUUACCUUACGUCACAGCAACUACAGAUGCUGCAGUUCCUUCAACAAAAUCAUGGAAGUUUAACACCACAGCAACAAGGUUUGCUUGGUCAGUUGCAGCAACAGUAUCGGUGUAUGCAACAGCACCAACAGCAAAUUAGAUUGCAACAACAACAAGCGGCACAGAGAGGGUUGAGGCCUGGUCAACCUGGUUACCCCACUGGGUACAAUCAUGCACAAUUGGGACAACCUGGUGUGAUCAAGAACUAUGGAAUACCUCAACAACCGCUGCAGCAGGGUGGAACCGUUGCAUUGCAAACUGGCUUCUCAGACUCCAAUGUUGGUUAUAACACAGCAGCAACUGGCAACAGCCAAACACCAGGAAUGCCUUACAAGUCCGCUUCUGAUCCAAAUUACCCUCAGAGGCAACUCUCGUCCGGCCAAUAUAACCAGUACCAGCCUAACCAGUAUACCGCCCAAGGAUACACUCAGAUAUCAUCGACAACAAGUAAUUAUCCAGAAGGUUCAGCCGGAAAUAAAGAUCUAGGAGUAACGGAUCAAGAAUUGCAAGCUCUGUUAUCGCAAAAAGACAUUGCAACGUCGCUAGCGGAAGAUCUGUUGAAGCAUUUCGGUUCGGAGGACUUAGACGUAAAGGAAGAAGCGCCUAGCAUUAUGAACAAUGGUACUCUAAGUUCGGGUCCGUUUUCACCGUCGAACCUAGAGGAAAAUACGGAGAAGAUCAAGGAAGUGAAACUGGAGAAAGUGGAAGAUACUCAACCGUCGUCCACGUCGAAAAUCGAGACGUACGAGAAGAAUAAUUCGAAGGCACCUACCCCGGUGGUAGAAACAGUGAAGUGCGAGGCGACGUCAAGUACAAAUAAAAUAGAACCAAUUGCGAGAGUUGAGCCGGUUCUCAAAUUGGAAAGGUUGUGUGAGUCGCAACCCGAGCAAGAACUUAGCAUAGAGAUGGACUCGAAAACUAUAGUCGAUGCGUGUAAGGGUCAGGGGUUAAAAGGUGUGCCAAACUGCUCUAUACUGAGCGAUCGUUCGCCACCACCAGCGCCACCUGAACCCCCAAGUCAAAGGCUAACCAAGGAACAGCUCUUACCACCGACUCCUAGCGUUUAUUUAGAAAAUAAGAAAGACGCGUUCAGUCCACAACUUCAAGAGUUUUGCUUGAAGCAUCCGAUAGCUGUGAUCCGGGGGCUGGCAGCGGCUUUAAAGUUGGAUCUCGGACUAUUUUCCACGAAAACGCUGGUCGAAGCGAACCCGGACCACGGCAUCGAGGUGAGGACGCAGAUGCAGCAAACCAGCGACGAGAACUGGGACCCUGUCAUGGGCAGGAAAGUUUGGGGUUGUAUCAGCCAUAGAAGUCAUACAACCAUCGCGAAAUACGCACAAUAUCAAGCCUCUAGCUUUCAAGAAAGUUUAAAAGAGGAAAGGGAGAAGGCUCAGGGUAUACACACUUCGAAUCUGUCCGAUUCCGAUUCGAAGGAUAGCACUGGGGCUGUUCGGAGGAAGAAGAACGCUUUCGGAUUAGCGGGUCGACCGGGCUCCAAAAUGCUGCGGUUUGGGACCAAUGUAGAUUUAUCCGACGAAAGAAAGUGGAAACCACAGCUGCAAGAGUUGAUGAAAUUACCAGCGUUCGCCAGAGUUGUGUCAGCUGGAAACAUGCUCAGCCAUGUUGGUCAUGUUAUCUUGGGCAUGAAUACUGUUCAGUUGUAUAUGAAGGUACCUGGUAGCAGAACACCUGGUCAUCAAGAGAAUAAUAACUUUUGUUCCAUUAAUAUCAACAUUGGACCAGGUGACUGUGAAUGGUUUGCGGUGCCUGACGCGUAUUGGGGUGUAAUUUGUUCUCUUUGUGAACGAAACAACAUCAAUUACCUUCAUGGUAGUUGGUGGCCCUCUUUGGAGGACUUAUAUGAAGAAAAUAUUCCUGUAUAUAGGUUUUUACAGAGGCCAGGUGACCUCGUCUGGGUUAAUGCGGGAUGCGUCCAUUGGGUUCAAGCUGUUGGUUGGUGUAAUAACAUUGCAUGGAACGUUGGUCCUUUGACCGCGCGUCAAUAUCAACUGGCAAUUGAACGAUACGAAUGGAACAAGCUACAAUCGUUCAAAUCCAUAGUACCGAUGGUACACCUAUCCUGGAAUCUAGCUCGGAAUAUUAAAGUGUCAGAUCCCAGACUGUUUGAAUUAAUUAAAAAUUGCCUGUUAAGGACAAUGAGACAGUGCUGUUUAAUAUUAGAGUUUGUAAAAAGUAAGGGCGUCGAAGUUCGAUUUCAUGGGCGUGGAAAGAACGAAGCUUCGCAUUAUUGUGGACAGUGUGAGAUUGAAGUGUUUAAUAUCCUGUUCAUAAGAGAACAAGAGAAACGUCAUGUAGUACAUUGUAUGGAUUGUGCACGAAAACAAUCUCCAUCACUAGAAGGGUUCGUUUGUCUAGAAGAAUAUAGAAUGCGCGACUUAAUGGACGUUUACGAUGGAUUUACAUUGCAUAUGUCGUUAACUACUCCCUCAUCCGCUCAGUCUAGCCAAUCCUCCUGAGGUUACAUGCAACACAGAUAUUUGGACUUUUUAGGCACUCUGCAGUGACUUUGAUAGUACAAUUUCUGUGUUUGUAAAGUAUCCGUUUACGAUAAGCAUUAAUUCAGGUACCUGAGAGCUACUACGAAAGAUGACAAAAGUAAGUGGAAAUUAGGAAAUUUUAUGCGUUGAAACUGUAACAAUAAGUCAAUCAUAUGUUUCCACUGUUAAUUUUAAGGCAACAACAUAAUAUGGUGGUAUCAUAUUAUAAGCAAUUUGAAAGUUUUACUGUUCUAAUAAUUAGCACUAUUUGUACAGAUAAUUACUAGACGAUAUUUGGGUACUUUUUAAUCAUUCAUAUGAAACAAUGAAUUGAAUAUGAAGAUUGAAAGCAUUUGAUAUAGCUCUCGGGUAUUUAAAGUCGAAGCUAUGAAAACGGGAGAAGACUGCGUUUUUCUUUUAAUUACGCGAUGUCAUGUAAUCCUUUGAUAAUAUCGCCAGAAAAAGUCAAACUUGUCUAAAGUUUUGUAGCAUUUUAAAGGACUACGGAACAAGCAUUAACCAUUUAAAUUUAUAUCGUGAAUAACAAACUUUUUUGUUAGUUGAAUCGUGUGCAUUGAGAUUCUCAAAUAAAUAGAUGAAUUUAGUGCAUAAAGAAACUAUGAAAAUGUUCACUGCCAGUUGUGAAUAUAUUAAAGGAUUACACUUAUUAGUCCAAAGUGAUGAGGGAUAAGCUAUCGUUAACUAUUGUUAUGGUUUAGAGUAUAAAUGUAAAAUAUUGCAAAGCUGCUCAAAACGUACUUGUACAUUUUUGUAUACAAACGGAUCAUAACAAUUAUUGGUUUUUAUGAAAUUUCUCAAGAUAUUAGCUCGAUACGAAUGUCCUACUGUCAGUUUAAAAUCGUAAAGCAGUGAUAAUAAUUUCAUAGCAGUUAUUGAAAACUGCUAAAUUAAUAUAUAAUCGAGACUUAUCUUAUACUUUAUCAAACAUUAACAGAAUGACUGGCACAUCAGAGAGACGUUUGACGUAAGUUUCUAACUUUAUAAAUUUAUAAAUUUUCAUAAGAUCUCUCGCUCGUAUUGAAGACCACGUCAAAAAUUUUCUAAAAUAUAUAACAGUUAAAGUGUUGAAUAAAAUUUUCUAAAAACGCAUGGACAACCUUAUGCAAACAGUAUAGACAUUCGUAGCAAAUAUCUUGCUUCGAAUAUAAAUCAAUUAAUUGUGUCGUUGCGGCUCUAAGAUAUUUGUACAGUUAACGUAUGAUUUAUAAUAGCAAUUUCAUGGAUAUAACGACUUCCGUAUUUAAAACGAAAGAACGAUGUACCGCGAUCUGGUUAUAGAACGGCGUUUCUCAAUUUAUCAUUUUGUGAUUGUUUUCACAAACGAAACAACCGAGAAACGUGUCAAUUUGUUAGGUAUAAUAUUGGAAAUCAUGUGCGACAUUUUUAAAAUUUUUUAUUUUUUUUUUCGUCACAAUCACGAAACUAUAAAACAAAAAUAUUUAUUGAUCAUUAAUCAUGGAUGACAUUAUUCCGAUCAAUUUGUAAUUAUGUUAAGAAUUUCGUUGAUUUAUUUUCGAUGAGAGAAGAAAAAAUACGUAUAGAUUAAUAUUUUGUUUAAGCUAAUUAAUUUAAUGUGAUCGUAGAGCGUUUGAACAAUUUUAAAAAAUCUUCAGGCGGUGCAUAAAUUCCAUCAAGAUCAUUUGAGACAAAAUUGGGAAACGCUGAUGUAUAAUGUGUAACUCAUAGACACAUACAGAUAAACUGAGUGCUUUUAUGAUAUGGACACUGAAAAUUAGAAACAGUCAAACUUGAUGAUUUAGAAAGUGAAAGUCUUAAGUUUUUCAACUGUCAAAAUUUCAGAUGCAAAACUAUAAAUUUGAAAUGAUAUACUUUACUUAUUAAAAAGUGAGACUAUUUCCUUCUACUUUUCUUGUAUUAAACUCCUGUCACAAAUCACUCAGUCUACCUGAUAUAAGUCUAUGGUUUAACAUCGAGUGAUCAUGUUUUAAAAGAAAAAGAAAACGUACCUUCAAUUCAGUCUCGUCAAUUCACAUUGGCGUUUAGCAACGCCAAAUGUACGUGCCAGAAUGAACCUAACUAACCACAAGUGUAUAAAUAAUUGCAAUCUUGUUCCGCCGAAAAAAGAAAAGAAAAAACAAAAAUGUAUUUUCACAAACGCGUGAGAGAGAGGGAGAGAAAGAGAGAGAGUAAAUGAGGGAAAGAAGAGAGCGGUAGAUAGUACAUACGAGUCGUAAUAAAAUCAUCGGGAAACGAUGUAUUUUUGAAAAUUCUAGAAAAUGCUAGUUCCACCGAGUUAGUUAAUGACGAACAACAGCCGCAUUUCAUUUUAUACGCGCGACUAAUUUCAACGUCGCGUCGUUCAAUUGCAAUAUAAUAUAUAUAAUAUAUAUAUUUCUACAUAUAAUACCACAGUGGCCGUGUAUAACGCUAGUUUCUGGACACGUAGCAGCUCCGACAUCUUGUACUCUGUUCACGGAUAAUCAUAUUUCCCAAAUGAGCUCUCGGUAACCAUUCCAAGUGCAUUCCUCAAAUUUUAAUUGGUUUUAGUUGAUGGAUCAUAUUGUUAUGAAUGUUCCUAUGUUUUAAACGCAAGCAACCAUAGUUUAAAACGAUAUUUAAUAUUAAAGUUUCGAUAGGGUUUAUAACCUUAUUUUUGUAUGUGAGUUCAAAUCUCCAUCAUUUAAUUUUAUUUUGUUUUUCUUUAAUUGUAUAAUGUAUAUGCUAUAUAGAAACAACAGAUAGUAAGAUUUAUAAUCGCAUGAUCUAUCAAUAUAGAAGAAUCCGUUUUCUGGGCAAAGAUUUUUUUACGAGUUCACUCGGAUGAUUCGAUCAGACGUGAAACAGAGUACAUAUAUGGUCUUUCGACAACCAUAACCGGUUCAGAAGCUAAGAGUAUUUUAAUCCAUGCACUCAAAUGAUCUCAAUGCAUGUAAUAUUGGCAGCCGAAAGUGACGGUGAGCUCUGCCAAUAUUUCGAACUGACUUGACAACUUCGAUUAAUGAUUAAUAAAUUGUGUAUAAAUAUAUAUUUAAUGUAAAGGAUAAGAUUAGGUAAUGCGAAAUGAAUCGAAACAGACGGCUCAAGAGUUUCGAUAUAGUUGAUAUUGAACAAGCUAGAAGUGGUCCUUCGUGUACUACUAAAUGGGCAAUGUACAACUUCGAGAAUACUAGUUUUAACUAAAGUUACUGCGAUUAUAGGAGACGUCAAGAACAAUGAUUUUGUUAAACAUAAUACAAAAAUUUACGUCUAAAGUUUCUUCAGAUCCAACAUGAAAUAAAUUUACAAACUUAAGAAUGUAUAAAUUUUCUAAGUUCCUACUUGCAAAUUUUUUAAUCCAUGUCAUUAGCAAAGUAAAAAUGAUACAAUAAUUUUACAAAAUUAUUACUUCUGGACCUCCUAUAAUUGUGCUGAUUGUAACUUUGGACUAAAUCGGUGCUCUGAAGAUUAUUCAUUUCCUUUAGAAGCCUAUGUUGCUGUGACCGAUGAUUAAACUGAGUUUAGUCAAACUCAGAAUUAGAAAAUUGAUUUCCUUGAUCAUUUGCAAUGCUGUGUACAUUAAUAGGGAAGUAGUUAACAAAAUAAUUUGACCAAACAUUAAUUUGAAUUUAAACAGGAAAGUUUUCAACUGUUAUUUUCAUAGCAACAUUGCAAUGAUCUAAGAACUGGAUGUAGUUUUUCUAAAUUACACCCAUUUCAUGGGAAGCUCACAAAAAUAAGAAUUAGUUAUAUAUAUGUUAAAUUUUUAUUAACGUGAUAUUGAAAUUGCAACGUUUAGGAUCACAGCAUUGGCAAUUUAAAUUUGUUUGCGAUUAUUUUAAUUAUCUAAAGAAGUUUCAAGUUCUUCUGGUAGUAUCAUUGGUUGAUUUAGUGAAAAAUAAUUUCUGACAUUUUGAUAAAAAAAUUUAUAAAUAACCACUGAAAAUCUUGACUGUCUUAUCUAUCAUCAAAUAAUGAAUUAUUUCUUUAAAAUCUUUGUUUUAAUUUUCCUUUCAGCAUAUUUAUAUGAAUAUGCUGCAAUUAUGAAAAUAAUCUGGAAAUCUGAUACGUAGCUUUAAAUGAUUGGCAGUAUUAUUGUUAAUAAAAUUUUACCAUGAAAAUUAUGGUAUCUUAAUCAAAAAAAUAACAUCACUAUUUGAACGAAGAGCGAUACUGUUAAUAAAGGAAUGGAGAUUUUUUGAAUAACUUGCAAACAAAACAUUUGAUUUUGAGUCAAAAGAAGAAAAAUACACAAAGGAUCAUUAGAUAUGUUAAAAUGUACUAUUUGAAAUAGUAAGACUGGUCAAUGUAAACUUUCAAAUACCAUUUGCUUAUUAAGUUACAUUUGGUAUUUCAAAAGUACACGUUUGCCAGUUGAUGUGUCUAGCGUAAUACUUUACAGCUUUCCUUUUUUUUAAAUUGCGUAUCCCUGUAAUUAAAAAUGAAUUGUGAAUUUUAGUUUAAUUAGAGGAAACCAGAGAGAACUUGACUAGAGGGAACUCAAUCGAUAGAUGUAUUAAAUUAUCGUUUAAAAAAAAUGUAAAUAACAUUUGGUUUCUUUCUGAAAGCGGGAGUAAAAAUAACAGGAGCGAAAAAUUGUAUAAUAUAUGCGUCCUGUAAUAAUCACUCAAGUUUAUCCUGCACGUACAGAUCUUUGUAUUUUCAUACGGAGAACAAUGUUGAUUUUUAAAGGUUAUGCAAUUUAGCAUUGCACACAAACACUAGAGAAUUACCACAGAGGAGAUUGAGACCCCCUAGAGACUUCUUCUUAAAAACCUCUUGAGCUUCGCAAAUAAAAAAAAAAGCACACGUAAAAUCAUAUUUUCACUAAAAACAAUGUACGAGGAGUUUAAGUUCAAUACCUACAGAGUGGGUUAAUCUAACAGAUAUUAAAAGAAGAAAAAGAUUUAUUUUUUCUGAACAACUGACUGUAGCGAAGAGGGAAAAGUAAUAUUUUCGAAUUUGUCAUGUAAAUGUAUCAUGAACUGUAGCAAGUUGUAGCGAAGAAAAAGAAAAAUAAGAGGAGGAAGAAGAAGAAGAUUCGUAUAGCUUAAAACUUGUAAAACUGUGUGUAUUUUAAACGUGAGAACGUUCACUGCCAAAUUGUGAUAAACAGAUCCCACCUUUAA